AUAGUGCGCAUUUUUCCACCCAUCGGUUUCCUGUUAUUGGAAAUUUUGUUGGAAAGGGACAUACGUUGGUUUACACGUUGGUUCACAAAGCUUAAAGGUUUUUAAAUCAUGGAUGUCAUAACAAAGUGUUUUAUUCUGCUUUGUAUUUUUCUUCAUUUUGGGACUUCACCGUCGGUUCAAGCGGAAACACAUUCCCUGUACUACAUAUACACCGGUUUAUCCAAAGCUAUAGAUCUUCCAGGCAUCUAUGAUUUUAUUGGCAUGGGUUUACUGGAUGACAGACAGAUUGAUUACUACGAUAGCAAGGAACGGAAAAAGAUUCCUAAACAGGAGUGGAUGAAAGGGAAUUUGCCAGCGGAAUACUGGGAGAAAGGCACCCAAUCACGUAAGAGCAAAGAGGAGUCGUUUAAUGAGAAUAUCAAGGUUCUGAUGGAACGACACAAUGAGUCAGAUCUUCAUGUUCUUCAGUGGAGACAUGGUUGUGAAAUUGAGAAAGAAGGGAAUGAAACAACAUUUUCUAAAGGCAUCAGUGAGUACGCCUAUGAUGGUGAGAACUUCCUUUCCUUUGAUGAUAAGACGUUACAGUGGGUUGCCACAGUUCGUGAAGCUGUCAUAACCAAGAAUAAAUGGGAAAAUAUGCCUUACUGGUGGUUAACCUGCAACAUACACUUUAACCAGUACACCAAAUAUUACCUGGAAAAAGAGUGUGUGGACUGGCUCAAAAAAUUCUUAGAAUAUGGAGAUAAGGAGCUCAGAAAAAGCUCUCCACCAGAGGUUCGUGUGUUUUCAAGGUCUCACAGUGACAAAAACACUUUGAGACUCACCUGUAUGGCCACUGGCUUCUACGGCAAAGAUAUAUCAUUGAUCAUUAGGAAAAAUCGCGAACCCCUGUCUGAAGACAAGAUUAAAACCACAGGAGUCAGACCAAAUCAUGAUGUAACAUACCAGCUGCGGAAGAGUCUGGAACUCAUGGAGAAUGAAAAUGAAGAAGAUUAUGAUUGUUUAGUGACACACAAAACACUACAAGAACCAAUAAUCAGCAAAUGGGAAAAUUUGACCCAGACCCGAAUGACACCGGUGGCAAGUGGAUCAGACACAGAGACACAGCUAGCCACUGCAAUCAAUAUAAUGUACCGUGUACUUCAGAAACAAUAUGACGUAUUAACACUGGAAGAGACUAAGCUAAGAUUAGAAAUACAAAAACUAGAAUUAGAAAAAACUAAGCUACAGUUGGAGCUACAAAAACUCAGACAUUAAGUAUAGAUCUCAUCGACCAUUCCCAAUUGUUAUGUAAUGCAAGACAACUUAAUAUGUAAAACACCAGCAACUUGUAUUACGAUGUUUAUUUACCAGUAUUAUAACCACUGAAUUAAAAGAAAAUUAAGACACAUAUACAGUAUUGUAGUAGUAGCUUAGUAUAGUAGAGUAGAAAGAAAGAAAUAUGUAUUAGAAAGAAUAAUGCAUUUGAUCUAUAAAAACAAAGAACACGUUACCAUUAGAUAAGGCAGCAUGUCUUACAGACCAAGAGGAUGGUGGAGAGCUCAUGCAUGGAGACAAAAAAUCAAGAGAAAGAGGUCACUAGUGUGUAAGGGUAUUUUGGGAUUUGAUGACUAUAUGAGGAUGAAGCUCAAUGAGUUUGACAGAAACUGUUUCUCCUGGGUUUGCUGAAGACUUAGUGUGCCUUUGAUUUAGAGUAACCGAUUACCUGCUAACUUUGUGCAUUUAUUUUGUAUUUAGCAAAAAAGUAUUAUUGUAAUACGUCCAAUUGUAAUAAUAAAACGUUUUAUUACUAAAAGACAAGAAGAACUUUGUGUGCUAAUAUUCUAACCUUAAAGGGGCUAUGGCACAAGACGUUUUUAAGAUAUCAAAUAAAUCUUUGGUGUCCCCAGAGCACAUAUGUGAAGUUUUAGCUCAAAAAACCAUAUAAAUAAUUUAUUAUAGCAUGUUAAAAUUGGCACUUUGUAGGUGUGGGCAAAAAUGUGCCGUUUUGGGUGUGUCUUUUUAAAUGCAAAUGAGCUGAUGAAAUUCAAACACUGAUCACAAUGUUGGUGGUUUGUUGCAAUUAAAACUCAUUUGUGCCUUUCUCUGCACUAAAUGGCAGUGCUGUGGUUGGAUAGUGCAAAUUAAGGGGUGGUAUUAUUAUAAUAAGAGCUCCUUAUGACAUCAUAAGGAGAGCCAAAUUUCAACGACCUAUUUUUUAUGUGCUUGUAGAGAAUGGUUUACCAAAACUAAGUUACUGGGUUGAUCUUUUUCACAUUUUCUAGGUUGAUAGAAGCACUGGGGACCCAAUUAUAGCAAUUAUAGCACUUAAACAUGGAAAAAGUCAGAUUUUCAUGCCAUGGCCCCUUUAACUUGAAGACGGCUUUUAAGAAUUUUGUGUAAGUAUAUGAAAAUCAAUCAGGGUAGAUUUUACUUUCUAUUGCCUACCUGGUAUAAAAUAUAAUAGUCAGAAAGUGUUUAAUCCCACACCGCAAAACACAAUCAAAUAAUUGUAUUUAAUAAUUCCUGAUAUUGAAUAAUUUAUACUGUCAUGACAUUACCGUAAAAGUGAUACAAACAAUGCACAAGAGCAAAUCAAUGGAAAUUUUUUUUUGAUUCUCCACAAAAAAAAAAAAAACACCCAGAUGUGGGGAUAAUUUAUAUACUCUAUAUUGUUAAAAAAGUUUCAAGAAAACAUUGCAGUCAUUUGUUCCCCAUUAAACAAUGCCCAUCUGAUACUAAGCACCUGCACUAUCACAGACCAGAGGACCACGAGAAUCACCCUGCAGUUCAUACAAAGACAUCAAUGCAACAAGAUCGCUACACUGAAUUUAUAUACACUGAGAUACGUGAUUUGUGUUGGAGAGAACAAACUCAACAGUACAAUAUCAUUGACAGUGUCUUUGUUGUAGCGAGGAUCUAAAUGUCUGAAUGUUUCUACUUAAAUCCAUUCAAAAGCCAUUCAAAAAUCACAAGACAAGAUUUGAAUAAUUCAGUGUGUUUAUUAUAGCAUCUUGAGUCAUAAGGUAAACACUCACUGAAAUAAUUCAUAAAACAUGAAUGAAUCAAAUUACCAUUCCUGUUGAGUAAUAAUAAAAAUAACUAAACGGUUACACCUCAGAUAAGUAUUUCUAUCACUUUGUGAAUUAU